AUGCUGUCGAGGCUCGUCCUGGCGCCCCGUGUGGGCAUGGCCAGCCUGGCCCGACAAGCCGCCACUGCUGCCCCCGGCGUGCGCACCCGCGCGGCCGCGGUUGCGCCGUCGUCGACGCUGCUCGCUAGACCCUACUCGCAAAAGAACAACAAAAAGCCUGCCUCCAAAGCCAAGGACGACGCCGCCCCGGCCGAGGAGGCCCCGUCAUCGCGCAAGCCGACCGAAGCUUCGUCGUCGCAGCAGCAGCAGCAGCAGCAGCAGCCCAAGGAUGCGUCCGCCGAGACCGAGUCCUCAGCCGAGUCCGCCCAUGAGCCUGAGCAAAUACCCUUCCACAAGCUGCCCGACCUGACGCAGGGUAUCCCCUCGACGUUUGCGCAGGAAAUGGCCGAAAAGGCCGGGCAGAAGCCGUCGUCGUACCUGCAGACCAUGGAGCAAGAAGAGAGCUCCACGUCGCGCGAACGACGCGACCCUUAUGAUUCGUACGAGUCGACGCACCAGCUCAAUCGCCGAAAAUAUACACGCGCCGCGCUGGCUCUCGCCGCCAUCGGAGGCGCCGCGACCCUCAUCUACACAGGCCGCAAUUGGGAGGACUCGAUCGACGUCGACCGUCACCCCGAUGCGCCGAAUGGCUGGGGCAUUGGCCUGUGGUGGAACCGAGUCAAGGCGCGCACGACCGAGUCCGUCACAUACUACCAGGAGCCGGCCUUUGAUAAGCUGCUGCCCGACCCUCAGCCAUACUUUGCCCGCCCGUACACUCUGUGCUUGAGCCUGGACGAGCUCCUCGUCCAUAGCGAAUGGUCGCGCGAGUAUGGCUGGCGAGUCGCCAAGCGUCCGGGCCUGGACUACUUCCUCCUCUACCUCUCCCAGUACUAUGAGCUGGUCCUCUUCACUACGGCCUCGAGCGUCAUGGCUGAAAACGUGCUGCAGAAGUUGGACCCUCACCAUAUUGUCAUGUGGAGGCUUUACCGUGAGGCCACCAAGUUUGAAGAUGGCGAAAUCGUCAAGGAUCUCUCCUACCUCAACCGCGACCUGAGCAAGGUCAUCAUGAUCGACACGGACGCCAAGCUCGUGCGCAAGCAGCCCGAAAACGCCAUCAUCAUCCCUCCUUGGAAGGGCGGCCCCGACGACCGCGGCCUCGUCAACCUGAUCCCCUUCCUCGAGUACAUCCACACCAUGGAGUACGACGACGUCCGCCGCGUCAUCAAGUCCUUUGAGGGCAAGGACAUUCCCGUCGAGUUUGCGCGCCGCGAGGCCCUCAUGCGCCGCGAGUUUGAGAAGCGCAACAAGUCGGCCCGCAAGCCCGCCGUCUCGGGCAUGGGCGCCCUCGGCAACAUGCUCGGCCUCAAAUCGAGCAACAUGAGCUUGAUGCAGGCCGAGGGCGAGCAGAGCGCCAGCGAGGCCUUUGCCCAGGGCAAGAUGCUGCAGGACAUUGCGCGCGAGCGCGGCCAGCGCAACUACGAGUUCAUGGCGCAGAAUAUCCGCGAAAACGGCGAAAAGUGGCUCCAGGAGGAAAAGGAAAUGAUGGAAAAGGCCCAGCAAGAGGCCAUGACCAAUAUGAUGGGCUCCUUUGGCGGCUGGUUCGGCGUCGCAAAGCCCGCGGACAGCGCCGCGGCCGCCUCUGACGCCAAGAAAUAA